AUGUUAAAAAAAAAAAAAACAAACCACAGGCUCAGAAAUCACAGGGGUGAUACCGAUUCUGGUUUGGUUAUCCAACAAAAACAAACCAUAGGCUCAGAAACCAGAGCGGAGUGUACCAACUUCGGCAAUGUUAUUGGACAAAAACAAACCGCAGGCUCAGAAAACGCAGGGGAGUAUACCGAUUUCGGUGUUGUUAUCCAACAAAAACAAAUCACAGGCUCAGAAACGAAAGCGGAGUGUACCGAUUUCGGUGUUUUUAUCGAACUAAAACAAAUCACAGGCCCAGAAAGCGCAGGGGAGUAUACCGAUUUCGGUUUUGUUUUCCAACAAAAACAAUCCACAGGCUCAGAAACCGCAGGGAAGUAUCCCGAUAUCGGUGAUGUUAUCCAACAAAAACAAACCACGGGCUCAGAAACCGAAGGGGAGUAUACCGAAUACGGUGAUGCUACGCAACAAAAAAAAACCACAUGCCCAGAAACCGAAGAGGAGUAUACCGAUUACGGUGAUGCUACGCAACAAAAACAAACCACAGGCUCAGAAACCGAAGAGGAGUACACCGAUUACGGUGAUGCUACGCAACAAAAGCAAACCACAGGCUCAGAAACCGAAGAGAAGUAUACCGAUUGCGGUGAUGCUACGCAACAAAAACAAACCACAUGCCCAGAAACCGAAGAGGAGUAUACCGAUUACGGUGAUGCUACGCAACAAAAACAAACCACAGGCUCAAUAACCGAAGAGGAGUAUACCGAUUACGAUGAUGCUACGCAACAAAAACAGACCACAGGCUCAGAAACUGAAGAGGAGUAUACCGAUUACGGUGAUGCUACGCAACAAAAGCAGACCACAGGCUCAGAAACCGAAGAGGAGUAUACCGAUUACGGUGAUGCUAUGCAACAAAAACAAACCACAGGCUCAGAAACCGAAGAGGAGUAUACCGAUUACGGCGAUGCUACGCAACAAAAACAGACCACAGACUCAGAAACCGAAGAGGAGUAUACCGAUUACGGCGAUGCUACGCAACAAAAACAGACCACAGGCUCAGAAACUGAAAAGGAGUAUACGGAUUACGGUGAUGCUACGCAACAAAAACAGACCACAGGCUCAGAAACCGCAGGGAAGUGUAGAGAUUUCGGUGUUGAAAUCCAACAAAAACAAGCUACAGGCUCAGAAUCUGCAGGGGAGUUUUACGAUUUCUGUGUUGUUAUGACAAAAAAAACCACAGGCUCAGAAACCACAGGGGAGUAUUACGAUUUCGGCUCAGAAACCAGAGCGGAGUGUACCAACUUCGGCGAUGUUAUUGGACAAAAACAAACCGCAGGCUCAGAAAACGCAGGGGAGUAUACCGAUUUCGGUGUUGUUAUCCAACAAAAACAAAUCACAGGCUCAGAAAUGAAAGCGGAGUGUACCGAUUUCGGUGUUUUUAUCGAACUAAAACAAAUCACAGGCCCAGAAAGCGCAGGGGAGUAUACCGAUUUCGGUUUUGUUUUCCAACAAAAACAAUCCACAGGCUCAGAAACCGCAGGGAAGUAUCCCGAUAUCGGUGAUGUUAUCCAACAAAAACAAACCACGGGCUCAGAAACCGAAGGGGAGUAUACCGAAUACGGUGAUGCUACCCAACAAAAACAAAGCACAGGCUCAGAAACCGAAGGGGAGUAUACCGAUUACGGUGAUGCUACCCAAAAAAACAAACCACAGGCUCAGAAACCGAAGAGGAGUAUACCGAUUACGGUGAUGCUACGCAACAAAAACAAACCACAGGCUCAGAAACCGAAGAGGAGCUCAGAAACCGAAGAGGAGUAUACCGAUUACGGUGAUGCUACGCAACAAAAACAAACCACAGGCUCAGAAACCGAAGAGGAGUAUACCGAUUACGGUGAUGCUACGCAACAAAAAAAAACCACAGGCUCAGAAACUGAAGAGGAGUAUACCGAUUACGGUGAUGCUACGCAACAAAAACAAACCACAGGCUCAGAAACCGAAGAAGAGUAUAACGAUUACGGCGAUGCUACGCAACAAAAACAGACCACAGGCUCAGAAACCGAAGAGGAGUAUACCGAUUACGGCGAUGCUACGCAACAAAAACAGACCACAGGCUCAGAAACCGAAGAGGAUUAUACCGAUUACGGCGAUGCUACGCAACAAAAACAAACCACAGGCUCAGAAACCGAAGAGGAGUAUACCGAUUACGGUGAUGCUACGCAACAAAAACAGACCACAGGCUCAGAAACUGAACAGGAGUAUACCGAUUACGGUGAUGCUACGCAACAAAAACAGACCACAGGCUCAGAAACUGAAGAGGAGUAUACCGAUUACGGUGAUGCUACGCAACAAAAACAAACCACAGGCUCAGAAACCGAAGAGGAGUAUACCGAUUACGGCGAUGCUACGCAACAAAAACAGACCACAGGCUCAAAAACCGAAGAGGAGUAUACCGAUUACGGCGAUGGUACGCAACAAAAACAGACCACAGGCUUAGAAACUGAAGAGGAGUAUACCGAUUAUGGUAAUGCUACGCAACAAAAACAAACCACAGGCUCAAUAACCGAAGAGGAGUAUACCGAUUACGGUGAUGCUACGCAACAAAAACAGACCACAGGCUCAGAAACCGAAGAGGGGUAUACCGAUUACGGUGAUGCUACGCAACAAAAACAAACCACAGGCUCAGAAACCGCAGGGGAGUAUACCGGGUUCGGUGUUAUUAUCCAACAAAAGAAACCACAGGCUCAAAAACAGCAGGGGAGUAUACCGAUUACGGUGAUUCUACGCAACAAAAACAAACCACAUGCCCAGAAACCGAAGAGGAGUAUACCGAUUACGGUGAUGCUACGCAACAAAAACAAACCACAGGCUCAGAAACCGAAGAGGAGUACACCGAUUACUGUGAUGCUACGCAACAAAAGCAAACCACAGGCUCGGAAACCGAAGAGGAGUGUACCGAUUGCGGUGAUGCUACGCAACAAAAACAAACCACAUGCCCAGAAACCGAAGAGGAGUAUACCGAUUACGGUGAUGCUACGCAACAAAAACAAACCACAUGCCCAGAAACCGAAGAGGAGUAUACCGAUUACGGUGAUGCUACGCAACAAAAACAAACCACAUGCCCAGAAACCGAAGAGGAGUAUACCGAUUACGGUGAUGCUACGCAACAAAAACAAACCACAUGUCCAGAAACCGAAGAGGAGUAUACCGAUUACGGCGAUGCUACGCAACAAAAACAAACCACAGGCUCAGAAACCGAAGAGGAGUAUACCGAUUAUGGUGAUGCUACGCAACAAAAACAAACCACAGGCUCAGAAACCGAAGAGGAGCUCAGAAACCGAAGUGGAGUAUACCGAUUACGGCGAUGCUACGCAACAAAAACAGACCACAGGCUCAGAAACUGAAGAGGAGUAUAGCGAUUACGGUGAUGCUACGCAACAAAAGCAGACCACAGGCUCAGAAACCGAAGAGGAGUAUACCGAUUACGGUGAUGCUACGCAACAAAAACAAACCACAGGCUCAGAAACCGAAGAGGAGUAUACCGAUUACGGCGAUGCUACGCAACAAAAACAGACCACAGACUCAGAAACCGAAGAGGAGUAUACCGAUUACGGCGAUGCUACGCAACAAAAACAGACCACAGGCUCAGAAACUGAAGAGGAGUAUACCGAUUACGGUGAUGCUACGCAACAAAAACAGACCACAGGCUCAGAAACCAAAGAGGAGUAUACCGAUUACGGCGAUGCUACGCAACAAAAACAGACCACAGGCUCAGAAACUGAAGAGGAGUAUACCGAUUACGGUGAUGCUACGCAACAAAUACAGACCACAGGCUCAGAAACUGAAGAGGAGUAUACCGAUUACGGUGAUGCUACGCAACAAAUACAAACCACAGGCUCAGAAACCGAAGAGGAGUAUACCGAUUACAGCGAUGCUACGCAACAAAAACAGACCACAGACUCAAAAACCGAAGAGGAGUAUACCGAUUACGGCGAUGCUACGCAACAAAAACAGACCACAGGCUCAGAAACUGAAGAGGAGUAUACCGAUUAUGGUGAUGCUACGCAACAAAAACAAACCACAGGCUCAGAAACCGAAGAGGAGUAUACCGAUUACGGUGAUGCUACGCAACAAAAACAGACCACAGGCUCAGAAACCGAAGAGGAGUAUACCGAUUACGGUGAUGCUACGCAACAAAAACAAACCACAGGCUCAGAAACCGCAGGGGAGUAUACCGGGUUCGGUGUUAUCAUCCAACAAAACAAACCACAGGCUCAAAAACCGCAGGGGAGUAUACCGAUUACGGUGAUGCUACGCAACAAAAACAAACCACAUGCCCAGAAACCGAAGAGGAGUAUACCGAUUACGGUGAUGCUACGCAACAAAAACAGACCACAGGCUCAGAAACUGAAGAGGAGUACACAGAUUACGGUGAUGCUACGCAACAAAAGCAAACCACAGGCUCAGAAACCGAAGAGGAGUAUACCGAUUGCGGUGAUGCUACGCAACAAAAACAAACCACAUGCCCAGAAACCGAAGAGGAGUAUACCGAUUACGGUGAUGCUACGCAACAAAAACAAACCACAUGCCCAGAAACCGAAGAGGAGUAUACCGAUUACGGUGAUGCUACGCAACAAAAACAAACCACAUGCCCAGAAACCGAAGAGGAGUAUACCGAUUACAGCGAUGCUACGCAACAAAAACAAAUCACAGGCUCAGAAACCGAAGAGGAGUAUACCGAUUAUGGUGAUGCUACGCAACAAAAACAAACCACAGGCUCAGAAACCGAAGAGGAGUAUACCGAUUACGGCGAUGCUACGCAACAAAAACAAACCACAUGCCCAGAAACCAAAGGGGAGUAUAUUGAUUACGGUGAUGCUACGCAACAAAAACAAACCACAUGCCCAGAAACCGAAGAGGAGUAUACCGAUUACGGUGAUGCUACUCAACAAAAAAAAACCACAGGCUCAGAAACGGAUGGGGAGUAUACCGAUUACGGCGAUGCUACCCAACAAAAACAAAGCACAGGCUCAGAAACCGCAGGGGAUUGUACAGAUUUCGGUGUUGUUAUCCAACAAAACCAAACCACAGGCAAACGUAAUAAGCGUCUUUGUGCUACAACAAUAUGUGAAUGACCUCUACGUGACGAGACGGAAGCGAGGAGGAGAGAAAGAAAUGGACGCGACGGUGAAGGUAGAGUCAAUGUGGGUCAGUGGAGGAGAGGAUGUAGUCAAGGCCGUGGCAGGAGUGACCUCAAACCUGAAAUUGAAACUGCCGCCUGUAGGCAUCCAGUCUGUGGACCCCACACACAGAAUCAUAGCUGAGAGUGUGGGAGCUAUGGAUAUCGACGAAGACGUGGUGGUAGUUGGAUUAAUUUUAGGAGAAGAGGAAGAGGAGAGGAAGAGGAAGAGGAAAGCGAGAUUUUGGAUACAUAAUAUAAAUAGAAAACGACUAGGUUUUGGUGAAUUUCACACAUUAUUCCCCGAUCUUGUAGAGGACGAUGACAAAUGUUUCCAGUACUUUAGGAUGACCCAUGAAAAGUUCGAAUGUCUACUUCGAAACCUAGAUGAAAGUCUUUCUAGACAUGAUACAAAUUUCCGUGCCGUGGGGUGCGCGCACUGGGACAGCACGGACGUCACGGAAUUGUCCUGA